GAUUAUCUCACGCCGACGCGAAAGCGCUCGCUGGGGCCUAUAGUUGUUGUCGUUAAGCUUACAAUGUGUACAUCGAUAGAAUGAUAUUACUUCAGAAUAUAAACAGUUUUCUGGCUCGAAGCUGUAUCUUUUCUGUUCAGGAAAGAAUAAGAUUUGAACUUGCCUUACCUACUGGUAAACUAGAAUUAUAGACCCUUGACCCUCUGCAAUACAAUCAGAAUGCACUUUCAAGGAACCAUUCUAUUAACGGCCUUUAUCAUCUCGUUGUAUCAUCUUCCUUUGGAGGGCGCUAGGAUUCUUGUCUCAUUGCCGAUGCCGUUCAAAAGUCAGACCAUGGCGCUCUCUGUGCUGGUAAAGGAACUCCUGGCUCGUGGCCAUGAGGUUACCAUGAUCACAUCAAUUCCUAUGGAGCAAAAUCUGGCCAAUUACCAGGAAAUUCUCUUGGAUUCGAAGCUGUUUGUUUUGCCGGAAGAUUACAGUUUUGUUGAUCUCACGGAGAUGUCCCGUUUUCGGAGUAUCUACGACAGAUGGCGCAUAAUCGCUGACUGGACACAGGCAGCAUUUGCGUCUGAACCUCUUCAGAAGCUCAUAUCCUCCUCUGAACGUUUCGACGUCAUCAUGGGAAACUUCUUCACGCACCAGCAAUCAUUUCUCGCCCUCGGGCAUCGAUUCAAUGCCCCUUUAAUCGAACUGUGUCCGCAACACUUGCCUCUCUACACUGCCAGCUUCCAAGGGAACCCGUACACUUAUUCUUAUAUACCGGAUUAUGAGCUUUCCUUCAUUGAGCAUCUGUCAUUCGUGGAACGUCUGCAUAACACUAUAUGGGGCCUAUACACACAACUAGGAAUCAUAUGGUAUACGCUACCAAAGCACGAGAAGAUAUUGAAGGAAUAUUUGCACUACCCCGGCGUUGAGACACGGCCACCUUUGCGGGAUAUGAUUCGCAACGUUUCCUUAGUUCUGGUUGGCUCUCACCAUUCUUUUCACCCACCGAGACCUUACGCUCCAAAUAUCAUUGAAAUCGGAGGGUUUCAUCUGAAAUCGCCAGCCGCCCUGCCUUCGGACUUGCAAAGUUUCAUGGAUUCUGCAUCAGAGGGUGUGGUGUUUGUGAGUUUUGGAACUUGGAUUAAGGCCGAUAUGAUCUCUGAAGAGCAUAAGGGGGCACUCGUAUCAGUAUUUAAAUCUCUCAAACAGCGAGUUCUCUGGAGAUGGGAUAAUACUGAGGCAUGCGGAAACUCAUCCCAAAUAUUGAUUAAGAAAUGGCUGCCUCAGCAAAGUAUUCUCGAACACCCGAACUGCAUUCUUUUCCUGACCCAUGGUGGUUUGCACAGUUUGAUCGAGGCGAUCCACUUCGAGGUACCCCUCAUCGGAGUCCCGUUUAUGCUCGAUCAGUUCCACAACGUUGAGUACAUACAGCAAUCCGGGAUCGGCCUGAAAUUGGAAUACAAACAUUUGACCUACAACAGGCUUCAGAAUGCUGUAUCGACUAUCUUAAACACACCCUCCUUCUACAAGCGAGUUAAGGAACAAUCCAGCAUUUUACACAACCAGCCUCAGACACCACUCGAGCGGGCAGUCUACUGGGUUGAAUACGUCAUCAGGCACAAAGGAGCUCAUUACCUAAAACCAGCAUCAGUUCACUUACCAUUCUACCAGUAUAUUUUAUUAGAUGUAAUCGCAGUCAUUACCAUAGCGCUCACACUAUUCUCAGUCUUUUUAUGGAAAAUUAUCAAAUUCUUGUAUUCCUAUCGUGCCAAAAACAAACCGCAGGAGUCUAAUCUCAGAAAACUUCUGAAGAAACGGAGCUAAGUAAUAACUAUAACUGAAAGGAGGAAAAUUAUAAAUUAAUUUAGGAAAUGGAAUACAAAUAAAUUACAAAUGUUUAUGGAGCUAUAACCAAGCAAGUCAUCGAAUGCGUUGGGACCUUAUUUUCAAAAUGGACUACAAAUGGACUCAAAUGGACUACAUUGUAGUACCUACGUAGAGUUCAAUCAAUUUAUCUUAGGAUUAGACGAACCUUUAUGACCUGCGAUGAAACAUUUGUUAUACAUCGAAUUCGAGGAUGAUGCAUGCCCAAAACAAAUUGUUAUUCACGAUUUGCACAUCUAGACAUUGCGCAAAAUUUCACCGUAACACGUCUUAUGUUGAUGAAAUUUCACGAACAGCUUUAUCAAUUUAAGUCUGUGCACAGUUAUAUACGAGUGUUGCCAAGUAUGCGACUGAUGCAUUUAUGUUUAUAUGACUCUAAAGUUUUUCUGCAAAUUUUUACUUGUAUUUCUGUUAAAAAAACAAAAUUGUUUACCCAAGUUAUUUAGUAUUCUACUAAAAUGUUUUUGAAACUAUGUCCGACAAAA